UCACCGUUUCGGUUUCGCCGCGCGCGCGAAUUCUAUAAUUGCGAAUUAAAACCAAAAAAACAUCGAAAAAGUGCCGGAAAAAAAACAACGCUCAGCAAUGUGUGCGGUAAUAAAAAAUUCCCGAUUUAAUUCCGAUUCGAUCACGUUUUGCGUCGUGGAUGAAAGUUAAUAUUUAAAAGGGACUUGUGGCUGGUGAAAACCGAUGUUGCCUGGCGAGAGUCAAGUACAUCUCGCGUGUGUAUAUAAAUAAUUCGCAGGCGAAUUAUAUUGCGGCUGUGCGAAAAGCUGCGCCCACCUAGAACGAAGCUUUAACAUCGUAGUGUGGUGAAAUGGUGUGAGGCGAGUGGACCGUGGUGAAUUAUGAGCGCGGCGGAGAGCAAGCACGGAAAGAGCGCGACGAGCGCGAGCGGGGGCGGCGGGUCGCGCAAGAAACCCAGGUCGAGGUCGACGCCGCGCCAUGGCGACGCCGACAAGAAGCCGCGCAAGAAGCGCAACCUCAGCGCGACGGCGAGCAACUCCUUCGUCAGCAUACCCAACACCAUUAAGCUGUCGAUGCUCAACAGCGGGCUGCUAUCCGCAAAAAAUGGUUCCAGUCUGGAUACAAUUUGCCAGAAACCAAUCGAGCUGAAAAACUAUGUGAAGUUCUGUGAGCAACGGCGCAAGUUCCCCGUUUUAUACAAACUAGAAUUUCAAAUCGCUGUCAAAGUCGAGCAGCACUCUUGUCGGCACGGCACCAAGAAAACCAAUUUGGAAAAGAACCAAAAUCAGAAAUGCAUUCCAUACGACUACAAUCGAGUAGUGUUGGAAACAAUCGCCGGCGAGCACGAUUCCGACUACGUCAACGCCUCAUACGUCGACAGUUUAUUGAAACCCAACGCAUAUAUUGUCACACAAGGACCCACGGAGGAAACAGUCGCGGAAUUCUGGCGAAUGGUCUGGCAGGAACGCGCCAGUUGUAUUGUAAUGCUAACCAAGACAUUUGACUUCAUAAAAGUCAUGUGCGUACAAUAUUGGCCCGCAAAUAUGGAACUAGAAGAAACUCAUGGUGGUAUCACCAUUAAUGUCGUCCAGGAAGAAGAAUUGGCUAAUUUUCACAUUCGCACGUUUAGACUUUACAAAAAGGACAUAAACGAUGCGGUACUCGAGGAACGCCACAUCUUACAGUUCCACUUCACCGAAUGGCACAGCCACUCCUGUCCGUUCGCCAACGCCCUGCUGGAGUUCCGGCGGCGGGUGCGCGCCGUCGUCGGCCGCCGCAUCAAGAGUAACGCCAUGGGACCAAUGGUUGUACAUUGCAAUGAUGGCGGAGGUCGUUCGGGAGUAUAUCUAGCAGUCGAUGCGAAUUUGGAACUGAGUGAAGAAGAAGACACGUUUGAUGUGUUUGGUUAUUUGAAAAAACUACGACAAGCACGGCGCGGACUCGUAGAAGACGUGGAACAAUAUAAAUUUAUUUAUGAUACUUUGGAAGAAUACAUCACUUGUGGUAAUUCUUGGUUUCCUGUCAAUGAGUUAUCGCAGCGUCUCAAACAAAAGUCACUUAAACACGCCGUGUCGAAAAUCAACGAGUACCAAAGGGAGUAUAUGCUCAUUUGUAAGCAAACACCGCGGUUUACUAUCGGGGACUGCGCGGGUGGGCAUCGUGGUGACAACAGGAAGAAAAAUCGCGAUGUGCUCGUCGUGCCACCGGACAAUUUCCGACCGUACUUGACUUCUUUCCAGGGCAACAAUUACACCGAUUACAUUAAUGCCGUGUUUGUCGACGGUUACACAAAACCACGAGAAUACAUCGUCACUGAAUGGCCACUCAAACCCACUUGCGGCGAGUUCUGGUCCUUGGUCUACGAUUACGAAUGCUCGGCAGUGGUAAUUCUAUGUGUACCACCAGCAAAUUCGCAAUCUUUCCCAUCCUUUUGGCCCGAAGGCAAAGUCCGCAAGGAAAAAUACGGCCCUGUGUUUACCAUCGACCAUAUUUCACACAACCACUAUACAAACAUCAAGACAUGGGUGUUUCGCAUCAAUAAAAAAAUCGUCUCGCUGACUGAAUUAAUGGCUGGCGUUAAAGCCCCACCGCGAACAGUCCAACUCUUUCAGUUGAUGUGUUGGCCCAUGGGGCACAAAGUACCCACUUCGACUAACUCAUUGGUUGAGUUGAUGAAUAUGGUCGAAAGAUGGCGGCAACGCUCUGAUUAUGGACCAGUAUGCGUUGUUUCACCUGAUGGUAGAAGUCGAUGUGGUAUUUAUUGCGCUGCAAACGCGUGUAUUGAGCAAGUAAUCCAACAUGGCGAAGUGGAUAUCUUUCAAGCCGUGCGUACAGUGCGUCGUCAUCGACCUCAACUCAUUGAAAACAUAACCGAAUAUAAAUAUUGCUACGAUCUGGUCCUCCACUACGUCCUCCAUUACUUGAACAAAGAUUUGAAGGAGAAGGAAGACAAGCGAAAUCAGCACCAACUAGGCACCUAAACAAAAUGUCUGACAUUUACACGAUUUGGUCCAAUCUACGUGCCACACAUAUAUACAAAGAAUACGAUUUUAAACAUGCUACAAGCUGGGUACAAUUUCCGUGCCGUGGAAAUUUAUAUAUUUGUCUAUUUUAUUAUCUAUUGAACGCAACGCAUUCGUCGCAUUGAUAUAGUGAUAAUAAUUUGUUAGCACGUCAUGCACUUUAUAUAUUCAUACUCACAGGGUACAUAACCUAACAUAACCUAAACCAGUGUAGGUUGCCUAGUGCCAAAAAUAUGUAACGAUUACCAAAAAAGAAAAAUCGCUCAUCUUUGAAUCUUGUACUCUUUGUAAACAUUUUGAAGCGCCACACUUAAGCGAAAACAAUGACAAUUCAAGGUUAAGAACUGGUCGAGUGAUGCGUGCAUUGUUUAUGCACGAAAUUUAAGAUUUAAGUGCCUCCAUCCGCAACGAUUACAAACAAUUGAUAUUAAGAGAUAGGUAGUGUAAAUGCACUUACGGGUGUAGAUGAUUAUUGUUAGACGGGAUGAUGAAUUUUCACAUCACACAACAAACGAACUACGAGUUGAACUGCAAACUGUAACCGUUGACAACUUGUGCACAUUUACUAUGUGCAUGCGCAUUGUAAACCUAAAUGUAUGCAACCAAACAUACAGCAAAACAGUUAUUUGAAUGACAAGUGAAAAUUCACAUCACAAUUUAUAGUCUUAUUUAUUACUUCAGAGAUUAUUUAUUACUGUUAAUCUUAAAUUCAAUUCCAUUAUUGAAUAUAUAGAUACCUUUAAUAAGAGAUAUUAAAAGAAUAUAUUAAAAAUAGGCAAAUUUUAUCGGAUCGUUUAAAAAUGAAACUUAUUGUAAAUAUACUCACAUGAAAUUUUCAUUUAAAUUUCUUUCUAUUACUGUAUAAUGUAUACGGGAUAAAUAAAUGACAGUAAAUCA